AUGUCCAUGAGCAACAGCGAGAGCUUCAUGGAGCCUCCCGAGAGCUCUACCGACGCCGACGAGAUCGACUCCCUGCCAUCCUCCCCCACAACGUCCUCAGCCGACGACGAUGAAUAUGUUUCAGACGCCGAAAGAGAGUGGAGAGAGUCAUUGCAGCAGAUGGAGCUGUUAUUGACCAUGGUACUGGUACCAUAUCUUGGAAAAUACUUUGGCAGGAAAUGCGCAUACUGGGGAUGGGCAAAGUGGAUGGAGUGGCAGUACCCGGUCGAAAUUGUCAUCUCCAACCCGAAAGCAUUCAAAUUGACGGGAGCCGUUGAGGCAGCGGCAUCGCUAUAG